GGGCAGGAAAAGUAACGUGCAAAUUGGCUUUGCUUUUUCAUCCAUCUUAUAAUACUACUACAUUGACAGCGGCUUUGAGUUCCACGCUCCACCGCCAAAUCCUAUUGAGGCAUUAACCAUGGAACUCUCUCUGACUUUCAGAUCCUGGUCACCUUUUCUUCCCCGAAAACUCAACUCUCCAUCCUCUCAUCCACCAAAGCUUUCGAUUCCUACCAUUUCUCCCACUCCAGCACUUCCACUUCAACGAACUCGUCGCCUAACUGUCGCAACAGCUGCGGGCAAGAAGAAGAUUGAGGGAGUCAGUGAAGAGUUGAACUUGAUUGCUUCACAGAAUCUUGACUAUGCUGCCGCUCGUAGAAGAGUUCGAUCUGCUUUCAUCCAAGUGCAGCAGCAGCUUGAUCAUUGCUUGUUCAAGAUGGCUCCUGCUGGUGUGAGAACAGAGGAGUGGAUUGAAAGGAAUUCAAAGGGACUGGAGAUUUUCUUUAGAAGCUGGAUGCCAGAACCAGGAGUUAAGAUUAAGGGUGCUGUUUGUUUUUGCCAUGGAUAUGGUGAUACUUGCACUUUCUUCUUUGAAGGCAUUGCUAGGUUCAUUGCCGCAUCCGGCUAUGGUGUUUAUGCUAUUGAUCAUCCAGGUUUCGGUCUCUCUGAAGGAUUGCACGGUUACAUCUAUAGCUUUGAUGAAUUAGCUGACAAUGUCAUUGAACAAUAUGCAAAAAUCAAAGAAAGACCUGAAUCUAGAGGAUUGCCCUUCUUCAUAUUGGGACAGUCCAUGGGUGGAGCUGUUACUCUCAAAGUUCACUUGAAGGAUCCACAAGGAUGGGAUGGAAUAAUCCUUGUAGCGCCAAUGUGUAAAAUUGCAGAUGAUGUAACUCCUCCAGAACCGGUUUUGAAGGUUUUGACCUUUCUGUCUAAAAUUAUGCCAACAGCAAAGCUUGUCCCACAGAAAGAUCUAGCUGAAUUGGCUUUCCGAGACCCAAGGAAAAAGAAAAUGGCUGUAUACAAUGUGAUUUGUUACAAUGAUCCAGUACGAUUGAAAACUGCUGUUGAACUUUUAAAGGCCACCAAGGAAAUUGAGAUGCAAGUCGAGAAGGUUUCAUCUCCAUUGCUGAUUCUUCAUGGAGCCGAUGAUAAGGUAACAGAUCCAUUAAUCAGCCAGUUUCUUUAUGAAAACGCCUCGAGCAAGGACAAAACUCUGAAGCUAUAUGAAGAAGGCUAUCACAGCAUUCUGGAAGGGGAACCUGAUGACAGAAUUUUUACUGUCCUUAAUGAUAUUAUUGCAUGGCUUGAUGCCCGGUGCUAGGUUCAGUAAAAUUCUUGACAUGCAUUGAUUCUUUCCCUGCUACUAGACCUCCACUUAAUGAUACCAAGUUUUCAAAACUUUAGUAGUUGAUGUCCAAACAAGGUGGGAAAAACAAGGAGACUUCAGUAGUUGGGAUUGAUAUUUCUGUAAAUACUUAGAGACCAAUAAAUCAAAGUCAGUUCGGAACCUGAGGACGGUCACUUUUGUUGGCUCCAUUAGUUUUUGAUGAUAAUAAAACAUUCUCAUUUAUCUA